UCUUUUUUUCUGUUGCCAGGGCAACGUUUACUUCCGGUAACUCUUCAACAGGGAACAGUUGACAGUUCAGGAAUGUCAUCUGCAGAACAAAGGUGUAGGAGGUGAUGACAGGAGAAACAGACACAGAAAUACCAGAAACAGGUGCUGUAUUCACCUUUGGAAAGAGUAAAAUAGCAAACAAUGUACCCAGCAGAUUAUGGCUAAAGAAUGAUAUACCUGUGCAAAUCUCAUGUGGACAGUCACACUCUGCCUUUGUAACAGAGCAGGGCCGUUUGUUUGUGUUUGGAAAUAAUAACAGAGGUCAGCUCGGUCUUCAAACCAAAGGACCGGUGAAUAAACCGACCUGUGUUAAAGUUCUUAAAGGGGAAAGAGCUCAGUUUGUUGCCUGUGGGACUGUUCACACACUCGUAAGCACCUCACAAGGGGAAAUUUUUGCAGCUGGAGGAAACAGUGAUGGACAGCUCGGACUGGGCCACUGUAACGACAGCGUUUCUUUCCAGCGGCUCCACCCCUUUUGUGACAAUGCUCCAAUCAAAUUGCUCUCUGCAGGCGGCCACACCUCUGCUGCACUUACAGAGGAUGGCAGGCUUUUUCUGUGGGGUGAUAACUCUGUUGGUCAGCUUGGUUUGGGGAAUGACAGCCAUGCCUUAUUGCCUAAAGAGCUGAAACUAAAACAGUCAAUUCAGUGGGUCUCGUGUGGAUAUAGACACUCAGCUCUGGUCACAGAUAACGGUGAUGUUUUCACUUUCGGGGAGAGUGCAGAUGGACGACUGGGUCUUUCUGCUCAUCAGCUGGCCAACCACAGUCAUCCUCAGCGGGUUGAAUCUCUGCACGGAGUGCUGCAGGUGGCAUGUGGAGACAAGCACACACUAGCUCUUACAGAGAAUGAGUUGUAUUCUUUUGGCCGUGGGGAGUUUGGGCAGCUGGGCUUGGGGACACUUAUGUUUUUAGCAGACACACCUGUUGCUGUCGGCCACUUCAGGAAAGGCAGGGUCAGUCAUGUCACAUGUGGUGAAAACCACAGUGCAUUAAUAACAGACAGUGGUCUUCUAUAUACAUUUGGAGAUGGCCGUUAUGGGAAGUUGGGCCUUGGAGAUGAGAAUUUCACCAAUCAGUUCAGUCCAACUGUAUGCCAGAGGUUCUUUGAUUACUCAGUCAUGUCUGUGGCCUGUGGUUUCAGUCACAUGCUGGUUUUCGCACGGCCACGGCAACAGGAAAGUGAAGAAGUUUGUUUAGAAGAUGAAGAUGUUACCUACUCUUACCUGGACAGGUGUUACACCUCAAUGUUACAGGGGCAACCUUUAGAGCAUAUUCCAGACCCAGCACCUGCUCUAGUCUCACAACCCACCUUUCUCCCCUCAUCUCUUCCAACUUCUCACCGCUGGAGCCUAUCAACACGUGCCAGACGAAGACAGAGGGAGAGCUCACCUGCACAGUUUGGCCCAGAAUUUUGCAGUCUCCCUCCUCCUACAACUGGCUUUACUGCACUAGCCCUGACAGGCAACAUCAUACAACCCAGAUCUCCCAGAGACACUCCUAAACGCUUCAAAACUGAAUCUGAUUCUUCCUCAAUCACACUGCCUGUCAUGACAACACCACUCACACAAAUCACAAAGAAGAAUGAUGACUGCCAUAGUGUUGGAAGAUCUGAAAACAGCAUAUCAGACAAUCAUUCUGGCAUGGUAGAGAAUAUCCCUCAACAUGCUCCCCCCACCGAAGUACAUGGUGCUUAUGUUUCUCCACCAUCAAGCAAUCUAAAAAGCAAGAAGGCCAAGUCUGGAGAUUUAAAGAACCCUGCCAUGGCGGAAGAACAUUCUUCUCUUACAGCAUCACAAAGCAAAAUACAAACCAAAACAAACAAAAAAACCAUCCAGAGUACAAAUAAUAAAUCUAAAAGUCAAGCAGUAGACAUCAGAUUAUCUUCAGAUAGAAUAUCAGCUAAGGAAAAUGAGGGAAGCAGUGAAACAUGCAGUACUAAUACUGAUCCAAGGGACAACAUUUCAGAAACAGACAAAUAUAGUACGGUUCAACACGCAGAGUCCAGAAGUCAAGAGGUCUCUGCUCUUUCUGAGAUUGAGAAGAAGACCAAAACAAGCUCAAUUAAAAGUCAAAAGACUUUCUCCAGAAGUUCUCCAUUUCAGGAAGUUGGACAAGUUAGAACAACGUCCACAAAAGAGGUGAAAACUCCCAAAAUAAAAGAGAUGGGUAUUCCAGUAAGAGCUACAAAAAGGGUCAAGUCACCAGUCAAGGUUCAAAAUGUGUCCUCCGGCGCUAGAGAGGUUAACAAAGUUGAAUCAGUGCCUCAGGCAGAUGCUCAAAGAGACAUCAAGCCAUCCCCUGGAAAUGCUCAAGAGGUCAGAACAAAACCGAUAAACAAACAAGAAAAGAGAGUCUCAACACCAGUCAAGAUUCCAGCUAAAAUACAAAGCACCCCAAAAAAAGGAAAAGAAAAAAUUUAUGUUGACACAGAAGAAAGACUAAGUGAACUUGCACCAAAGAAAGCAAAAAAGAAGAGAUCAGAUGUAGAAAGAGCCCCAAAAUCAGAAACAGCUUCCAAAACAUCCAGCCCUCAAUCAGUUUCUAUCCCCACACAAACAUCUAAAGCUGAAAAGCAAAAACCUGUGGAGUCUAAGAACUCAGAAUUUGAGCUUAAACAUGCAAUUCCAGCAAAUGAGAAAACUGAACUCAAAAAGGGAAAUGAUAGUAAAAUACCUCAGAACUCUGAUAUAUCAUUUCCCCCAAUUAAGAACCAAAAAUCAGGAAGAACUGCAAAAAAAAGACAAUCAGCUUCUAACUUGCAUUAAGCAAAAAAUAGUCAGUCGCCCACUGAUAAAGUGCUUACUGAACAGAAACAUGAAUUUCCAUCUAUUAAAAGCUUAGCUCCAGAAAGAGGCCACUCAUUUUCCAGUUUAUGGUCCAAUAACCAAUCGGCAACCAAUAAAUCUGCCACCAAAGAAACCGAAUCAUCAUCUGGUAAGUUAUUGAGUCCAUCAAGUUCAUCACACCACAAGCAGUCACAACAAAAAAUAAAUAAAUUAUCCAAAAAAACAGCUGAACCUAAAGAGCCAGACAGGAAGCCACAUGCAGAGCAGAGCAUUAUGGGUAGUGUAGUUUCCUCACUACCAGCCAUGGCUAUGGCAAGUGCUGCACCACUUCUGAUAAAAGCAGCUGAAGUUCUUUCUGAACCCCAACCAGAACCAAGUAUUCAAAUGUCCUCACAUGCAUUAGUGUCCAAGGAAACACCAGGAAGCAAUAUCUUGCAAGAACAAGAAGUGGAACAGGAAAGCACCGUUCAGGAUGUAUCAGCAAUCGAGGAAGUUGAUGACAGCAUAAUUGAACAGCAGAUUACACAAGAUGAACAAAAUGAGCUAGUUUCAAAAGAAACCGAAAUGUGGGUGAGUGAUGAUGAAAAAAUACAGGAAGAAGAACAUGUCAAGGAUAGUAAGACAGAGAGAAAGGAAGAGGGAGGUGAAGAAGAGAGUCUCGCUGAGGAAGAAGAUGAACUUGAGGGGGUUGGGCAGGGAGAGGAGAGUAGUGCUGUUGAAGAGGAAGAAGAAAGAGAGAGUGAUAAUUAUGAAGAUAAAGGAGAGAAUACUCAACAGGGAGAGGAGGAAAAUGAAGAAGAGGAGGAGGAAGAAGAAGGUGAGGCAGCAGGAGAGGAAGAGGAUGACAGCAAAAGCAGACAGAGCAGCAGAAGUGAGGGAGGGAUGAGUAAAGGUGAAGAAAGUGGAGAUGAGACUGAAAGAGAAGAAGGAGAGCAGAGUGAGGAACAAGAGAAAGAGGAGAUUGAGGACAAAGAAACUGAUGAAAAGGAGGAAGAUGAAGAGAGUGGUAAUGAAGACAAGGAAGAGGAGAGGGAGAGUGAGGUGGAAGACGAGGAGAAAACAGAUGCAGAGGAGGAGCAGGAAGGAGAGAGCAGUGAUGAAGAGAAAACUGAUGAACAAUAUGAAAGUGAGAGAUCAGAUGAAGAGGAAGGAGACAGUGAAGAAAAGGAUGAGAUUGAGGAAGAGGAUGAAGAGAAUGAGACAGUGGGAGGAGAGGGAGAACAGGAAGAAAAGGAGGAAGAAGAAAGUGAGGAAGAGGAUGAGACAGUGGAAGGAGAGGAAGAACAGGAAGAGAAGGAGGAAGAAGAUGAGGAAAAUAAUGAAAAAUUGAAAGACAAGAAAGAUGGGGUCACAAACAAGAGUGAAGAGGAGAGAGUGAGAGAAGAAGAAGAAGAGAAACAGAAUGAGGUGGAAGCUGAAGAUGAGGACAAAAUGUCAGAGACAGAUGGAGAAAAACAAGAAGGGAAAGAACAGAUUGAGGAAGAGGAAGAAAUUGAUACAGGUGAAGAAAAGUUUGGAGAAAAAGAGAAUCUUGACGUUUUAGAGACACAGGAAACAGAGAGAGGAGAUGAAGAUGAUGAAAUGGAGGAAGAAAAUAAUGCAGAAGAAAGUGGAGAUGAGGAAGAAGCAGAAGAGGACGAAAUAGACAAGGGGGACGAAAAUAAAACAACAGAGAGAAGACAGAGGGAACAGAGAGAAACUAAUGAGGAAGAAGGGGAGGGAGGUGAAGAAGUAGAAGAAGAAGAGGAGGAGGAGGAGGAGGAGAAAGAAAUUAGUGAGGAAGAAGAACAGGCAGAAGAGAGUGAGGAAGAGGAGGAAGAAUCUGACCAGGAAGAAAAGAAUAUAAAAACAGAGACAAACAGGAGGAAACAGAGAGAAUCUAGUGAAGAAGAAGAAGAGGAAGAAGAGAGUGAGGAAGAGGAGGAAGAAACCAAACAGGAAAAAAAGAAUAUAAAAACAGAGACAAACAGAAGGAAACAGAGAGAAUCUAGUGAAGAGGAAGAGGAACAGGAAGAAGAGAGUGAGGAAGAGGAGGAGGAAGAAAUAGAGCAGAAAGAAAAGAAUAUAAAAAUAGAAGCUAGUGAAGAGGAAGAAGAAGAACAGAGUGAAGGUGAUGAAGAUGAGGAGGAGGAGGAAGAAACAGAGCAUGAAAAAAAGAAUAUUAGAGAAGAGAAACAUGGAAGCAAUGAGGAAGAAGAACAGGAGGAAGAGGGUGAGGAAGAAGAGGAAGAGGAAGAAGCUGAGCUGAAAAAAGAGAACAUAAGCAAGACAAAUGAGAGGAAACAGAGAGAAACCAGUGAAGAGGAAGAAGAAGAGGAUGAAGAGGAUACUGAGGAAGAGGAGGAGGAAGGGGAAGAACAAGAAAGUGAGGAGGAAGAAGAAGGCGAGGAAGAGGAGGAGGAAGAAGAAAAGACCAAAAAAGUACCAAAGCAGAGAGCCAAACCAGAAGUGUUACCUCCACGAAGACAGACGAGUUCACAGAGAGACAGACAGAAGAGCAGACAAAGACAUCAACAGAAUGUCAAAGAGAAGAGACAAACAGAUAGUGGUGCUCAGGACCCUCAGUUCUGGAACAAUGUCCUGCCACAGUAUCUAAACCUUAAAUAAUACACAAACACAGAGAAUGUGCUCGAUGGAUGUUGGAGAGGUUAACACAUUUUGGU